AGUGUAGCAUUAAACCUUGUUUUUUAGUUCUUCAUUUUCUGCUCCUCACUCUUUCACUUGAAGCAAGAACAACACAACACAAAACCAAAAUGUAUCGCAUUCUUCAACGCAGCGUUCAUACCAUAACAGAAAAAUCACCCAACAACAUCAAAUCCAUUUCACAAGACCUAUACAAAGAACAAAAUCUCAAAACACUCGUUGAAAAAUUCAAAAAAGCUUCAGACAUUGAUCGUUUCCGUAAAAAAAACGGCAUCUAUGAAGACACCGUCCGCCGCCUCGCCGGAGCUAAACGCUUCCGGUGGGUCCGCGACAUUAUCGAGCAUCAGAAGAGUUACGCUGAUAUAUCAAAUGAGGGUUUCUCGGCACGUUUGAUUACGUUAUAUGGGAAAUCGAAUAUGCAUAGACAUGCACAGAAACUGUUUGAUGAAAUGCCUCAGAGAAACUGUGAGCGUUCUGUGCUUUCUCUCAAUGCGUUGUUAGCUGCUUAUCUUCAUUCGAAGCAGUAUGAUGUUGUUGAGCGGCUUUUUAAGAAGCUUCCGGUUCAGUUAUCUGUGAAACCUGAUUUGGUUUCGUAUAAUACUUAUAUUAAGGCUUUGUUGGAAAAGGGUUCUUUUGAUUCUGCGGUUUCGGUGCUUGAGGAAAUGGAGAAGGAUGGUGUGGAAAGUGAUUUGAUUACGUUUAAUACGUUGCUUGAUGGGUUGUAUUCAAAGGGUCGUUUUGAGGAUGGUGAGAAGCUGUGGGAGAAAUUGGGUGAGAAGAAUGUUGUUCCGAAUAUCCGGACUUAUAAUGCAAGGUUGUUGGGAUUGGCUGUGGCGAAGAGAGCUGGUGAGGCUGUUGAGUUUUAUGAGGAAAUGGAGAAGAAGGGUGUGAAGCCUGAUCUUUUUAGCUUCAAUGCUUUGAUUAAAGGUUUUGCGAAUGAAGGGAAUUUGGAUGAAGCGAAGAAGUGGUUUGGUGAAAUAGAGAAAUCUGAGCAUGAUCCUAGUAAGCGAACUUAUGCUAUAAUUGUUCCUUUUUUGUGUGAGAAGGGUGAUUUGAAGACGGCUAUUGAGAUGGUUAAGCAGAUAUUUCUCACUCGCUGCCGUGUUGAUGUGUCGUUGCUGCAGAUUGUGGUGGACAAACUGGUGAGUGAGUCCAUGGUUUCAGAGGCCAAGGAGAUUGUGGAACGAGGUAAAAACAAUAGUUACUGUCGCUAUAAGCUAAAUUUGCCAGCUGAUGAGUGAGUAGUAGCUUUUGUUUGUUGUGUUGUGUCCAUUAUUAUUAGUUUUGAACUUUAUAUGUUUAAUCAUAAUGGUGAAUUGACAAUUGCCUUCAUGAAUGAAUUUGUUUGGCAAUUUGAGCUUUGUUAUUGAUUGCUUGAAAACGCCAUAUUUGCUGUCUGAUGAUUAUUUUGGUUCUUUUCUCCCACGUGAUUUUCUUCUUUUUA